AUUAUAAGAAUUAUGCGAAGAAAGAAUGAGAACUGUCGAAGCAAGGCAUAAUUGGAGAAAGAUUCAAGUGAACGCUGAAGGAAACUGGGGAAAAGCGUUUGAGGAGCAAACAACAACGCGACUGCGUUAGUUCUGAAAAGAAAGCCACGCGCUGCGGUUUAUUAAGAGAUAAUCAUAUUCAAAGAAAAAAAAUAUUUCUUAUUACUAAAGUAUUUAUUAGAAAUUUUAACUCAUCAGCUAUGAACUUUAAUUUGCUUGCAUUGCUGCUUCUGUCGAACGCGGUGUAUGGCCAAUUCUGGAGGUUAAACAGUCCAAGUGACCGCGAUAAUUUUAUUUUGGAAACCAAAUCGCUUAUGUCAUCCGGCAUAUGCUAUAAGGAAGUGCUCGGCGAAGCCAGCGAGCCCACCUUGAAACUGCAAACGAUCUCCUAUUGCUGUCCUGGCUAUCGGCGCGACUUGCAGUCAUCGGCAAUGCAUUGCGAGCCCAUUUGCUCGGAGGAUUGCACAAACGGCAUCUGCACGGCGCCGGAUGUUUGCGAGUGCUAUCCGGGCUACACACGCGCCGGUGGUCGCUGCGAGGAGCAGUGAACUAAGAGGAUAGAUAUUUUUAAGUAUUAAACUUAGAAUAGAGACAGACACUAGAAGCCGAAAAAUAUUGAGAUUUUAUUGUGUAAAGGCACCAAUUACAUUCAAGAGCAUUAAAGAAAAAUUUUUCGAGAAUUACAAAUAUA